CUCCAUGUGGGCAUGGACGCUUCCCCCAAAACCAUCUUUCUGGAACAGUGUGACUAGAACCGAAGUUAUCAGGAUACAGACAUAAGAGGCUUCCAGCUUGAGGGUGGAGUGUGCCUCUCAGGUGGCCCGGAAGUGACGCUGUCUGUUGUCAGCAUGAAGGAAGUCUGCCGUGGAGCUAUUAAGAAUGUGCAGGAGCAAUGGGGAACUUCCUGUGGUUGCAGGUGCGUCUGCGACUUCACCUACUGCCUGUCUCUGAACCUUGGAGAUGGGCAUGCAGCGCUCAUCCAUGUCCCUCCGCUGUCACCCUGGCUCCCAGCCAGCCUUCUGGGCAAAGCCUUGCAAGUCAUCAUCCAAGAAAUGCUGGAAGAAAGCGAAGUCCAGACUCAAAAAUAUAACAGCCGAAGGGAAGCAGCAGGGGGAUGGCUCCUUUAG